AUGAGGCUCGUCGCGUACCUGCGCGGAUGGGCGUCGGACUUGCGGCACAAGUGCUCUCCGAGGUGCCGCAUCACUCUGGCACGAAUUGUCGACGUGUUGGGUGUGGCGGCGCCACAUGGCCCGGCCGUUGUAUGGUAUGCGACUCGUCGAGUGCAUGCGCAUAUGGCUGAGAGGUUACCGGUUGCCGUGAAGUCUGUCUCCGAGAUUUUUGGGCGUAUUCAUCAGGCGUCGGAGUUGCGGCACAGGAGCUCCCCGAGGUGCCGCAUCACUCUGGCACGAAUUGUCGACGUGUUGGGUGUGGCGGCGCCACAUGGUCCGGCCGUUGUAUGUCUGUCUAGGAGAUGCUCGGGCGUUAUGUUCAGGCGCGGGAGCUGUCAGGAGGUUGUAACAGUCUGGGAGAGUGAGUGUCCGGCGUGGGAUGCGUGGUCCAAUCCAGUUGCGGAAGCGAACGAUCCGAGUUCACUCGUUUCGGAAUACGCCGCUUGUGGCGUGUGGCGACCCCACAUGGUCCUGCCUUUUUCCCAUAUGAGUCUCGUCGCGUACCUGCGCGGAUGGGCGUCGGAGUCUGUCUGGGAGAUGGUCGGGCGUAUUGCCCAGGCGCGGGAGGUGCUCCCCGAGGUCCGCAUCACUCGGACACGAAUUGUCGACGUGUUGCGUUUGGUGGCGCCACAGCUGUCAGGAGGUUGUAACAGUCUGGGGUACGUUUCUGUCUGCGACAUUGAUGGGCGUACUCUUCAGAAGCUGGAGGUGGUUUUCCGAUGUGGCUGCUCGUUGACAGGAAGCGAUAUCUGUCUGGGAGAUGGUCGGGCGAAUUGCCCAGGCGCCGGAGAUGUUAGAGGAAAAGGUUCCGGGAGCGUGUGCUGUCAGGAGGUUGUAACAGUCUGGGAGAGUGAGUGUCCGGCGUGGGAUGCGUGGUCCAAUCCAGUUGCGGAAGCGAACGAUCCGAGUUCACUCGUUUCGGAAUACGCCGCUUGUGGCGUGUGGCGGCCCCACACGGUCCUGCCUUUUUCCCGUAUGAGUCUCGUCGCGUACCUGCGCGGAUGGGCGUCGGAGGUGGUUUUCCGAUGUGGCUGCUCGUUGACAGGAAGCGAUAUCUGUCUGGGAGAUGGUCGGGCGUAUUGCCCAGGCGCGGGAGGUGCUCCCCGAGGUGCCGCAUCAUUCGGACACGAAUUGUCGACGUGUUGCGUUUGGUGGCGCCACAGCUGUCAGGAGGUUGUAACAGUCUGGGUCUGUCUGCGAGAUUGCUGGGCGUUCUGUUCAGAAUCUGGAGGUGGUUUUCCGAUGUGGCUGCUCGUUGACAGGAAGCGAUACUGUCAGGAGGUUGUAACAGUCUGGGAGAGUGAGUGUCCGGCGUGGGAUGCGUGGGCCAAUCCAGUUGCGGAAGCGAACGAUCCGAGUUCACUCGUUUCGGAAUACGCCGCUUGUGGCGUGUGGCGGCCCCACACGGUCCUGCCUUUUUCCCGUAUGAGUCUCGUCGCGUACCUGCGCGGAUGGGCGGCGGAGGUUGCGGGGUGGGAUGAGGGCGUGGGGGGUGGUGGAUGGAGGGCCGGUCUGUCUGGGAGAUGGUCGGGCGUAUUGCCCAGGCGCGGGAGCUGUCAGGAGGUUGUAACAGUCUGGGAGAGUGAGUGUCCGGCGUGGGAUGCGUGGGCCAAUCCAGUUGCGGAAGCGAACGAUCCGAGUUCACUCGUUUCGGAAUACGCCGCUUGUGGCGUGUGGCGGCCCCACACGGUCCUGCCUUUUUCCCGUAUGAGUCUCGUCGCGUACCUGCGCGGAUGGGCGUCGGAGUCUGUCUGGGAGAUGGUCGGGCGAAUUGCCCAGGCGCCGGAGAUGUUAGAAGAAAAGGUUGCGGGAGCGUGUGGUGUGUCUCGCGGCAACUGCGGCACCACGUAG